GAGAAGUGUGAGGCCUCACCAGCAGCAUGCCGCUGGUGAAGAGGAACAUCGAGCCCCGGCACCUGUGCCGGGGAGCUCUUCCUGAGGGGGUGACAAGUGAGCUGGAGUGUGUCACCAACAGCACGCUGGCUGCCAUCAUCAAGCAGCUGGGCAGCCUCAGCAGGCACGCAGAGGACAUCUUUGGUGAGCUGUUCAAUGAAGCCAACAGUUUCUACAUGCGGAUGAACUCACUGCAGGAGAGAGUGGACCUGCUGGUCAUCAAGGUGACACAACUGGACUCCACCGUGGAGGAAGUUUCACUGCAGGACAUCAACAUGAGGAAAGCCUUCAAGAGCUCCACAGUGCAGAACCAGCAGGUUGUGUCUCGCAACUCCAUCCCCAACCCAGUGAUGGAGAUGUACCAGCGCUGUGACAAGCCCCCACCGCUCAACAUCCUCACACCCUACAGGGAUGACAAAAAGGAUGGCCUCAAGUUCUACACGGACCCCUCAUACUUCUUCAACUUAUGGAAGGAGAAAAUGUUGCAGGCAACAGAAGAUAAGAGAAAGGAGAAGCGCAGGCAGAAGGAGCAGCGGCUGGUGGAAGACUCCACCCGAGAGGUGAAGAAAGUGAGGAAAGCCCGAAACCGGCGCCUGGAGUGGAACAUGAUGGCGUAUGAUAAAGAGUUCCGACCCGAUAACAGGUUCUCACCAUCCCCCUAUCACAUGGCGUCAUCGGAAGGAUCACUGUCCCCAGAUAAUAGAUCUUAUGCAUCAGACGUGGCUGACCACUCGUACCCGGCAAGCCCCAACCACCCAGCACAGCUUCUGGCCCCAGCGUCCCACCUGGCCCCAGCUGAGCACAAGGAGGGGGUGCUGGUGGCUGCCACCCCCCAGGAGCAUGUCUACCGCCCGGCAGUGGCAGCGGGCAGCCGGCAGAACAGCCUCAACCGCCUCCAGCAGCCCCACGCACCACAGCCCCCAGAAGCUAUCCUCAAUGGGCCGAGACCUCACUUAGUCAAGGAUUAUGGCCCGCAGCCAAUGCCAAUGGCAGAGUACUUCGUGCCCCCUGCCCCGCCCCCCCCACCUCCUGUCAUCCCCUCUGCUCAGACCGCCUUUGACAGUCCCAUCUCAGCUCCCCCUGCACUGGCCCCUGGCUCAGCUGCUCCCCCAUCCUACGCACCCUCACCACCCCCUGCACCCCCUGGUCCCUAUUCUGCUUCCCCGCCGCAGGCCGGCCCCAUGGGACCCCCGGUGGCCCCACCCCCCCCGCCGCCCGGUCCCCCUGCCAUCUCCGCUUCACCUGCGCACUCGGCGUCACCGCCGGCGCCUGCCAUGGAGCCCCGGAAGCCGCAGAUCCCACUGAUGCCCAUGAGCGAUGCCCGGAGCGACCUGCUGGCAGCCAUCCGUAGGGGAAUCCAACUCCGGAAAGUCCAGGAGCAGUGGGAACAAGAGGCCAAAAAAGAGCCUGUGGGCAAUGACGUGGCGACGAUCCUGUCCCGCCGGAUCGCGGUCGAGUACAGCGAGUCCGACGACGACUCCGAGCUGGACGAUAACGAGUGGUCGGACUAAGGGGCCCCGGGGCUGGGCUGGCACGGAGCUCCCAGCUCUGUCCCAGGUGUGUAUAGGCGCCUUCCCCACUCCUCGAUGCCAACGAGUGCAGGUGGCCCUGCUCUUUGAGGAGCUUUGCUUUUACACCAUGUCCAAAACCCUUCAGGCAGCAGCACUGGUAGGAUCCACCUCGGAGGCAGUGAGACCAGAAAUUAGCAGCAUCUUCACGUGUAAUGACUUCAAAACUGCUCUGAAAGCCUGUUGGUAGGAUUAGGCUGGGUUUACACCUGGAGCAAGACAAGAGUGUGCUUUGCUAGAGAAGGGAAGCCCAGAGGUAGCGGUGCUUUUUCAGCUAGAUGUUGAACAUAUUUAUGAGAAGCUCCUGAAGAAGCAGCCUGAUUGCACAACUGGUGCCACCAUGGGCCAUGCACUUGCUUUGGAGAUGAUCUGCUUGCCUACUUUUGUAGAAUCAGGUAGCUCCAAAAACUAUGUGUGGGCAUGAGCCUCCUGCCCCACAGAGCAAUACAGCACAUUUCACAGCAGUCACAUAGAGAUGGGCACCAUCGUGUUGGCAUUCCCUGAAGAAGACCAAGGUGUUGGUGACCUGAGCUAAUAUCCAUCAUUAGGACCAGGUUUCUGGGUGAAAAGGAUGAAGUUUGAGAGGUUCAACACGUGCUGUUCUUGGAGGGGAAAAGGGGCUGCUGAUAAGGAAGCAGAGGUGCCUGUGGAGCUUCCUCAAGCCCAGCUUGCCUUGGUUUUAGGGCUUCACCAUUUCAAUGUUAAUUAAAAUAAUAGACAAAAUUCUGCUUUGAGGUAAAUGCUCAACUUGCACUUUGCAACCUCACAAACUGCACCCUUAUAAUUGAGAUCAACUCAGACCAUGGCACUAAUCCUGCCCUGCCCCUGACCACAAUUCGUUGAAGGCUUUUCACAUAGCUGCAAAGGGAGGAGACAUAGGAAGGCAGAGGGAAAGGGGUAAGGAGCACUGGAAAUAUCACAGUCAGGAGCGAGACCCGACAGAGAGCUGGAAGAGGUUCUCCACCAGCAGAAAAUUGGCCAGGACCAGCCACACUUGACCAACACAGCAUUGUGAGGUCUUUUCUUGUGUUCCCAUAUACCAUGAGUCCCUGAAUGGGGAAAGCCAAGUCCCCACUUUGCACACCUUCUGGGGAGAAGCUGGGCUCUGAGCUCACCUGCCUAUCUCUGCCGGUAGCCAUGGAGGUGAUAGCUACAGAAGUAGUAUUUUGACUAGAAGUGACCAGACCUGUAGAGGAGGUGGGAGGAUAUGGCUGGGACCCAAAAGGCUCAGAGGAUGAUCCACCCUUAAACUCCCCCUGAGAAACACUAGUGUUGAACAAUGCCCCAAGCAUCUGCUCAUUUUCCUCCUGGUAAGCAACCCUUCAUGGCAGGAUGCAAUGAACCCCAUGGCCAGCUGCUGAGAAACACCCCCAGGAGCUCUCCCUUCCCUUGACAAACACAAAAUGGUCUCUUGUCCCUCAGACAUGACACAUUCUGCAUCUCCACACCUGGGCUGAGGGCUGCUAACUGUGGGGCUUAAAUGGAGGAGCAGCAUAGGGAAAGCUCCUUUUGACAUCAGCUGGGCUGAUUAUCAGAGCAGAAACUGAGGAUGACCAAAGUAGGCAAGGAGAUGAUGUACUACAGGUGACCAGGACACUGCUGAUGUUGGUGCUCACCAGGUGCUUUCAUUUCUGACCUCGACCCUCUGAGAUACAAAGAACUGGCUGCAAAAGCUUUUGGCUAAAGCUUGGUAUCUCCCUGCAGGCAGAGAGUCCCUGUGAUUCCCACACAGGCUUUCCUUGGCCAGGGCUGUUGGGCCUGGAGCAAGCUCAGAAGAGUCUUGUGAAAGUUUAGUGUAACAUCUAAGCAGUCACCAAGCAGUAUUUGUUGUGGGGUGGCAUUAACAGACACAGUGGCGAUACUAUCAGGGUAUGGCAAAGCACUUGACAAUCAUGGAACUCGGGUCUUGA